CAAAUAGCACGUACAAUACUGUGGAUUCUUGAACGCACGCCAAAAGAACGAAAUAAUAAUUUAUGUACACUAUUUUUAUACCUGAGUGGAUGUGCAUCUUUACAUGGCCCUAUGCAAAAGGAGCAGGCUAUCAUACACAAAGUAGACAGCUUGUGUUUCGACGGAAUCAAUCAAUUUAACAUUUGCAAUUAGUCAAGCCGGGGGUCGCUGACAGCUGAGCCGCAAUGGUGGAGAAGUCCGACCGGGCACCGCUGCUGGACUGGGAGGAGGUUCCUCCCGCAGAGAAACGUGUUCCCACACCAGAACAGGAGAAGGACGUCAAGGGACCGAGCCCCGCCAACAAUCGGGCGUUGGGAUGCACUGCGCCGGGGAUAGGGUGGAGCACCAGUCCGGGGGGUCCUGGGUCUUUCACAUCAGCAGUCUCUAGCAUAGACACAUCCCUCUCAUCCAGGAGCACGGUCCCCACCCUUGCGGAAUGGGAUGCUCAGUGUCUUGACAAGGAUGACCAUACCCCGGCCCCAGGACAAGGAGAGGUGCCGCACGAUAUCAUGGUGAAAUGGGAGGAAAAGGAUCCGAUCGUGGCCGUGUUUGUGGUGACAUUUGAUACAAGAUCAGGUAACAUGUUAGAGUGGUGUCUGCCAGGGGACAUGAACCUGGAGGGAGUAGAGUUCAAGGCUAUGGCCAGCGGCUCCCACAGAGUCUCCAGCGACUUCAUAUACUUCCGUAAGGGCGGGUACUUUGGCCUGGCGUGCUUUGCCAACAUGGUGGUGGAGAGUGUGGUGGAGAGGGGGGCAAGAAUGAAGUCUGUGGGUAUCCUGUCAACCUCUUACACCCUGCUGUACCGAUACAUGAGCUUCCUGGAACACCAAGUCAGGCUCCAGUUGAAAACUCCUGGCCAGUACUCUCCCCUGGAGGCGUUCUUUGAGGAUAAGAGAUCAGUGCUGCCCCCCGAUGGGGAGAGUGUGGUUACUGCAUGUCCUGGCAGUGCCUGGGGAGCAGCAAUCAACCACUGCAUGCACCCUGAGAUGAAGAUCACCCACCCAGCUGGCUGCAUGUCUCAGUUCAUCCAGUUCUUUGGGGAGCAGAUCAUGGUCCUGUGGAAGUUAGCUCUGCUGAGGAGACGUAUCCUCAUCUUCUCUCCUCCACCUGUAGGGGUGGUCUGUUAUAGAGUGUACUGCUGCUGUUGCCUGGCCAACGUGUCCAUCCCGGGGGUGGGUGUGGCUGUGCCAGAGUUCCGCCCCUUCUUCUAUGUCAACGUGGCAGACAUCGAUACCCUGGAUACGGAACUGUCCUACGUAGCGUGCACCACAGAGAAGAUCUUUGAGGAGAAGCGGGACCUGUAUGAUGUCUAUGUGGAUAACCAGAAUGUGAGGACGACCAGAGAGAGUCUGAAGCCUUUACUGCGGCUCAACACUGCAGACCGAGAGAAGUACCGCAGACUCACUGAACAGAGGCAGAUGCUGUUAUAUUCUCAGGAGGAGAAUGGAGACUGUGUGUCCAGUGAAGAGGACCACUUCAUUCUGUUUUUCCUGGAGCAGAAUAACCGCAUCUUCCAGACGCUCAGUGAGGUGGCAGGGAGCCCUGAGCCCAUCCUAACCCAGGAGAGUGUGAGGGCCAUGGGGCUAGACCCUCACGGGGACAGGCUCUUCCUGCUCCACCUGCUGGAGACAUACGGCUAUGACAGCCUCCUGGUCACCGAUCACCCUUGCUGCAGCUGAGGCCCGGGUGGCACACUGACUGACAUACAGGGUCCUACACACUCAGACACGCAGACUCAAAACAGACAGUCUGGAGUCUGGACUAUGAGAGGUCAGAAUACUUUGGCAAGGCUGAGACCAGAGCCUGUAUUCAUAAAGCGUCUCAGUAGUGCUGAUCUCAGAUCCGUUUAGCCUUUUAGAGCUCAUUGAAUAAGACAGGGGGGACCUGAUCCUAGAUCAGCAUUCUUACUCCGAUGCUUUAUGAAUAUGGGAGACCCUCAGGCCCCAAAAAAAUGAAUGGAGAGAGCCACUGAACAAGAAAAUACUAAUGGAGUUUGGUUCUUGGUACUGUCCUAUGACAUUCAUGGAUGCUCAGUCUGGACUGUUAACCAUCGCCUUCCUGCCUGUCAAUAAAAUGUACAGUACCGAGGAAUGUCAUUCACGUCUAUCCCCAACCCUCUUUUUCUGGAGGAGUGGAGCCAACCACAAACAUCCUGGAACUAUGGAGAUUCUGUGCCUAUGAGCAGGAACUUACCAAGGAAGUCAUGCUUAGGUUUCCUUAUGUUUUCAAAUGGGGAGUUAAAUCUAAAGUCUGUUGUCAUGUCCUCAAACCGAGGGAGGAUUUGUCACUUCUCUUAAUAGGACGUCUAUGUUUUUUGAGAGAAGAAAUCGCCAAGCUUUUUGUCUGUAAAUAGAAAGGGAUCUGUAGAAUGUGUUUUAUUAUAAAAUGAUCCCAUUAAGUCACUGCUAAGCCCAGAACCUCUGUGGUCAGCAUUGUAUAGAAAUGGCCAUCAAAACCAUCCAUAAUCAUUUGGUUUCUGGUGAAAGAGGGGUCUGGACUCACCAGCACACUUUCUCAUGAUGUCCAACAUAGAAAUGUAACAACUUUAUAUGACUUUAAAAAUGUACCUUUAAAUCACCGCUGUUUGACCAAGAGGUUUUGGGCUCAAAUCUAAACGUAUGCUUUUGUGUGUUUCCGCAGUUCUCUAUGUCAAAUACACAAAGAGUGAAAAAUGUGAAAGAGCUGGUGGCUCAAUGGUUAAAUCCCAUCCUUGAGACCAAGAGGUUGUAAGUUUGAACCUAAUUUCCUAUACUAUCGUGUACGUUUCAGCAACUCGAUGUCAAACAUACAAAGAGUAUGGUAUAAAAUGUAAUGAAGGUGGUGGUGCAAUGGUUCAAUUACUGCCUUGAGACCAAGAGGUUCUAGCUUCAAACCUCGUCUACUUAGCUUUUGUGUACAUUUCCGCGACUUUAAUUGUCAAACAUACAAAGAGAAGUGUAAACAAUGUGAUGGUGGUGUAGUGGUUCUAUCUCUACCUCAACGCUUAGAGGUUGUGGGUUCAAAACAAAAAAAAUCUGCUUGUGUGUGUGUGUUUCCGCAACUCUCGAUGUCAAACAUACAUUGUGACUGUCAGAAAUACAAAGAAAAACAUAUCUACAGUAAUGGACCAGUGGAGGCUGGUGAGGGGAGGACGGCUCAUAAUAAUGGAUGUAUUGAAGUUAAGGGAAUGGUAUCAAACACAUGGAAACUAUGUGUUUCAUACCAUUCCAUUUAUUCCGCUCCAGCCAUUACCACAAGCCAGUCCUCCUCAAUUAAGGUUCCACCAACCUCCUGUGAUGGAGACACUUUACAUCAAUGUUGGUAAACUGUGAAUGACUGAGGGUGGCAGGUAGCCUAACGGUUAUGAGCGUUGGACCAGUAACCGAAUGGUCGCUGGUUUGAAGCCCAAUACCGAAUAAGUGAAAAAUCUGUCAAUGCCCUUGAGCAAGGAACUUAACCCUAAUUGCUCCUGUAAAUCGCUCUGAAUAAGAGUGUCUGCUAAAUGACAAAAAACAUUUAAAUAAAAAUGUAAA